GCUCACCUCCCCUCUCUCUCCUCACGCUACUGCAGGGUGGGAGAUGCAACAAUGGCCUUGAGAACAGCAGGAAGUGUGUUGGUGGUCUUUCUCUGGUCUGUAGCAGUGGUACUUGGUCAGUAUGGCUGGAGUGUGACUUACACCACUCAGAGAAUCUGUACCUUGAAGGGGUCAACAGUGGAUCUGACCUGCUCUUACACACAUCCCAGUGGUUAUACAGUCACAACAACCUUCUGGUUCACUAAAAUGGAGGCUGGUAAAGAACCUAAAGAUCUAGGUCAGGACCCAGAGUAUGCAGGUCGUCUGGAGUAUCAUGGAGAUAAGAAGAAAGACUGUACCCUGAAAAUCACAGACCUGAGAGAGAGAGACUCAGCUACGUACAAGUUCAGAUUACUAACAGAUCAGACCAGAGGGAAAUAUUAUGGAGAUCCUGGAGUCACUCUGUCUGUAACAGCUCUGCAGGUGAAGGUGACUUCUAAAACCUGGCCAAAUUGGGUGACACUGACCUGUAUCACCACCUGUACUCUGACUGACAACCCCACCUACAUCUGGUACAAGAACGGACACAAAGUAAAGGAGGACACCUCCAGCCUGUACUCAAACUACUUUAGUGAUACAGACAGUUACUCCUGUGCUGUAAAAGGCCACGAGGAUCUCCACUCUCCUGCAGUGUGUGUUCAGGGUCAGAGAUGCACCAGAGUGACUUACACCAAGAGGAGAAUCUGUGUCUUGAAGGGGUCAACAGUGGACAUAUCCUGUACUGUUGGUUAUUAUUUCACCACAUCAUCAUUCUGGUUUAGAAGUGAUAGGUUGAUCCAUAAGGACAUAACCAGAGACCCCAAGUAUUUAGGACGAGCCUUGGAGAGAGGUCCCUUCACCCUGAGAAUCUCAGAUCUGAGAGAGGAGGACUCAGCUGAGUAUCACUUCACUUAUAAACAAAGGAACUUUGAAUGGGGUCAUAGUUUCCCUGGAACCAGUCUGACUGUGACAGACCUGCAGGUGAAGGUGACUCCUGCUGCAGAGGGACAGAAGACACUGACCUGUAGCACCACCUGUACUCUGACUGACAACCCCACCUACAUCUGGUACAAGAACGGACAACAUCUAGAUGAGAGCACCUCCCCCCAGUACAAAUACUCAGUCUCCAAUGACUAUGAAGACAGUUACUCCUGUGCUGUAAAAGGCCAUGAGAAUCUCCACUCUCCUGCAGUUUGUGUUCAGGGUCAGAGAUGCUACAGAGUAAAUUACACCAAGAGGAGAAUCUGUGUCUUGAAGGGGUCAACAGUGGACAUAUCCUGUACUUAUGUUGGUUAUUAUUACAUCACAUCAUCAUUCUGGUUUAGAAGUGAUAAGUUGACCCCUGAAGACCUAACCACAGACCCAGGGUAUGCAGGUCGUGUGGAGUACACUGGAACAUACGGAGUUCCCUUCACCCUGAGAAUCACAGAUCUGAGAGAGGAGGACUCAGCUGAGUAUCGCUUCACUUUUAAAGCAAACAACUUUGACUGGGGUCAUAGUUUCCCAGGAACAACUCUGUCUGUCACAGGUCUGCAGGUGAAGGUGACUCCUGCUGCAGAGGGACAGAAGACACUGACCUGUAUCACCACCUGUACUCUGACUGACAACCCCACCUACAUCUGGUACAAGAACGGACAACAUCUAGAUGAGAGCACCUCCCCCCAGUACAAAAACACAGUCUCCAGCAACUAUAUUGAUGGUUACUCCUGUGCUGUAAAAGGCCAUGAGGACCUCCACUCUCCUGCAGUGUGUGUUCAGGGUCAGAGCUGCAGCAGAGUGAAUUACACCAAGAGGAGAAUCUGUGUCUUGAAGGGGUCAACAGUGGACAUAUCCUGUACUUAUGUUGGUUAUUAUUACACCACAUCAUCAUUCUGGUUUAGAAGUGAUAAGUCGACCCCUGAAGACCUAACCACAGACCCAGGGUAUGCAGGUCGUGUGGAGUACACUGGAACAUACAGAGGUCCCUUCACCCUGAGAAUCACAGAUCUGAGAGAGGAGGACUCAGCUGAGUAUCGCUUCACUUUUAAAACAGACAACUUUGAUUGGGGUCAUAGUUUCCCAGGAACAACUCUGUCUGUCACAGGUCUGCAGGUGAAGGUGACUCCUGCUGCAGAGGGACAGAAGACACUGACCUGUAUCACCACCUGUACUCUGACUGACAACCCCACCUACAUCUGGUACAAGAACGGACAACAACUAGAUGAGAGCACCUCCCCCCAGUACAAAGACUCAGUCUCCAGUAACUAUGAAGACAGCUACUCCUGUGCUGUAAAAAGCCAUGAGGAUCUCCUCUCUCCUGCAGUUUGUGUUCAGGGUCAGAGAUGCUACAGAGUGACUUACACCAAGAGGAGAACCUGUGUCUUGAAGGGGUCAACAGUGGACAUAUCCUGUACUUAUGUUGGUUAUUAUUCCACCACAUCAUCAUUCUGGUUUAGAAGUGAUAAGUCGACCCCUGAAGACCUAACCACAGACCCAGGGUAUGCAGGUCGUGUGGAGUACACUGGAACAUACAGAGGUCCCUUCACCCUGAGAAUCACAGAUCUGAGAGAGGAGGACUCAGCUGAGUAUCGCUUCACUUUUAAAACAGACAACUUUGAAUGGGGUCAUAGUUUCCCAGGAACAACUCUGUCUGUCACAGGUCUGCAGGUGAAGGUGACUCCUGCUGCAGAGGGACAGAAGACACUGACCUGUAUCACCACCUGUACUCUGACUGACAACCCCACCUACAUCUGGUACAAGAACGGACAACAUCUAGAUGAGAGCACCUCCCCCCAGUACAAAGACUCAGUCUCCAGUAACUAUGAAGACAGUUACUCCUGUGCUGUAAAAGGCCAUGAGGAUCUCCACUCUCCUGCAGUGUGUGUUGUGGAUGAGAGCUGUAUGAAUGUGACUUACACCCAUCAGAGUAUCUGUGCUUUGAAAGGGUCAACAGUGGACAUAUCCUGCUUUUACACACAUCCCAGUUGGCAUAACGUCACAGAAGUGUCCUGGUUCAGCAAAUGGAAGUCUGGUGUAACUAAAGACCUGAGCCUGAACCCAGAGUAUGCAGAUCGUGUGGAAUACCAUCGACAAACAGAAAAGGUCUCCACCCUGAGAAUCACAGACCUGAGAGAAAGUGACUCAACUGAGUACAAGUUCAGAUUUACAACUGAUGAGGCAAGAUGGGGGUCCAGCUUCCCUGGAACAACUCUGACUGUCACAGGUUCUCAGGUGGAGGUGAUUCCUAAAUGGAGUUCAGAGUAUAAGACACUGUCCUGUAGCACCACCUGUACUCUGAGUAACCCCAACCCCAUCUAUAUCUGGUACAAGAACGGACAACAUCUAGAUGAGAGCAACUCCCCCCAGUACAAAGACCCAGUCUCCAGUAACUAUGACGAUAGUUACUCCUGUGCUGUAAAAGGUCAUGAGGAUCUCCUCUCUCCUGCAGUGUGUGUUCAGGGUCAGAGCUGCAACAGAGUCACUUACACCAAGAGGAGAAUCUGUGUCUUGAAGGGGUCAACAGUGGACAUAUCCUGUACUUAUGUUGGUUAUUAUUCCACCACAUCAUCAUUCUGGUUUAGAAGUGAUAAGUCGACCCCUGAAAACCUAACCAGAGACCCAGGGUAUGCAGGUCGUGUGGAGUACACUGGAACAUACAGAGGUCUCGUCACCCUGAGAAUCACAGAUCUGAGAGAGGAGGACUCAGCUGAGUAUCGCUUCACUUUUAAAACAUACUACAUUGAAUGGGGUCAUAGUUUCCCAGGAACAACUCUGUCUGUCACAGGUCUGCAGGUGAAGGUGACUCCUGCUGCAGAGGGACAGAAGACACUGACCUGUAGCACCACCUGUACUCUGACUGACAACCCCACAUACAUCUGGUACAAGAACAGACAACCUAUAAAAGAGGACUCCUCCCCCAUGUACUCCAUCAGCAGUGAGGAUGCAGACAGCUACUUCUGUACUGUAAAAGGACAUGAGGAUCUCAGCUCUCCUACAGUGUAUAAACCAAAGAACACUUCAGUGUCAGUCAGUCCCUCUGGUGAAAUAGUGGAGGGCAGUUCAGUGACUCUGACCUGCAGCAGUGAUGCCAACCCACCUGUCCAGAGUUACACCUGGUGGUACAAGAAGAAUGGAGGUGACUAUCAGAGUAUGACAGGACCACAGCAUGUCUUCAAUCAAAUCCAGUCAUCUGACACUGGAGAGUACUACUGUGAGGCCCAGAAUGAGAUGGGGACAGACAUGUCUAGGACCAUCAACAUGGAUGUGAAGUAUGACCCAAAGAACACCUCAGUGUCAGUCAGUCCCUCUGGUGAAAUAGUGGAGGGCAGUUCAGUGACUCUGACCUGCAGCAGUGAUGCCAACCCACCUGUGGACAAAUACACCUGGUACAAGAAGAACGUAACCUCACCAAAAGCAUCAGGACAGAGUUACAGCAUCACUAACAUCAUCUCUGAGGACAGAGGAGAAUAUUACUGUGAGGCUGAGAAUAAAUAUGGACGUCUCAACUCUUCUUCUGUGUCUGUGGACGUUCAGUACGGCCCAAAGACCACCUCCGUGUCAGUCAGUCCCUCUGGUGAAAUAGUGGAGGGCAGUUCAGUGACUCUGACCUGCAGCAGUGAUGCCAACCCACCUGUGGACAAAUACACCUGGUACUUUCAAAAUGAGACUUUUCUAAAUGGAUGUGGACAGAUGUACAACAUCAGUAACUUCAAGUCUGAGGACAGUGGACAUUACCACUGUGAGGCCUGGAAUAGAAGAGGAUCUAGGAACUCUACAGCUCUGAUGAUCAUUUUACCAGGGAAACAAACCUCAGUUCAGACUGCAGCUGUAGGAAUCAUAGUGGUUGUUCUGGUUCUCAUCCUCUGUUUCUCUGGACUCAUGUGGUUCAGGAAGAAGGCCUCCAAAUCCACCUCUGACACAAGAGACACAUCAGAGAAUGUACAGGUGAGUCUGUUGGAAACAGAGAAUGUACAGGGAGACUCUAGUCCAGUGUAUGAAAACGUCUCAAGCAUGUCCACAGCCUCUACUGCAGCACAGACAGCAGCCACAGUCGUCCAGGAUGAUGUUCACUACUCCAGUGUCCACUUCUCUCGCUCCAAAAACCAGGAAGUGCCUCUGUACUCCACUGUCCAGCUGCAUCAACCCCAGAAAGAGGAUGAGGAUGUCCAGUACGAUGCUGUGAAAUUCAACCUCCCCAGUGCUGCCACCCGACCCACGGCAACAGACUCUUCUGUUCUCUACAGUACAGUCAACAAACCUGAACCAAGAAGACCUGAACAUUACAAACCCAGAACCAGGAAGACCUGAACACAACAAACCCAGAACCAAGAAGAACUGAACACAACAAACCCAGAACCAAGAAGACCU